CCUGCCUCCAGCUGCGUGUGGAUGCGAGCGGACGAACCGUCUCCACGACUCAGAUCGAAGAUGGCGGUGUCGGUGUUCCCCGGCGUGCGGCUCCUCUCCAUCGGAGACGCGAAUGGAGACAUCCAGCGGCACUCGGAGCAGCAGCCCCUGCGGCUGGAGGUGAAGACGUCCCAGGACGCGGCUCUAAUCAAUCUCUCCAAUGGAGAGGAGGCCAGUGUGUUCAAGUGUUCCAUUUCCAGAGACACAGAGUGCAGCCGAGUGGGGAAGCAGUCCUUCAUCAUCACCCUGGGCUGCAACAGCGUCCUGCUGCAGUUCUCCUCCCCUGCAGACUUCCAGUCCUUCUACAACCUGUUGAAGAACUGCCGUGGUCACCUGAGCGAGCACUCGGUGUUCAGUGACAGGACAGAGGAGUCCUCUGCUGUACAGUAUUUCCAGUUUUAUGGCUACCUCUCUCAGCAACAGAACAUGAUGCAGGACUAUGUUCGGACAGGUACUUACCAGCGGGCUAUUCUCCAGAACCACAGCGACUUCAAGGACAAGGUGGUGCUCGAUGUGGGCUGUGGAUCAGGGAUCCUGUCCUUCUUUGCAGCUCAGGCUGGAGCCAGAAAGGUGUAUGCAGUGGAGGCUAGCACCAUGGCUCAGCACGCCGAGGUGCUGGUGAACAGUAACCGUCUGGGAGAGCGGGUGGUGGUCAUCCCGGGGAAGGUGGAGGAGGUGACGCUACCCGAGCAGGUGGACAUCAUCAUCUCGGAGCCCAUGGGCUACAUGCUGUUCAACGAGCGCAUGCUGGAGAGCUACCUGCACGCCAAGAAGUUCCUCAAGACCAACGGUAAAAUGUUCCCCACCAUUGGAGACGUCCACCUGGCUCCCUUCACAGACGAGCAGCUCUACAUGGAGCAGUUCACCAAGGCCAACUUCUGGUACCAGCCGUCCUUCCAUGGUGUCGACCUCUCUGCCCUGCGGGGGGCAGCGGUUGACGAAUACUUCCGUCAGCCAAUUGUGGACACGUUUGAUAUCCGCAUCCUGAUGGCCAAGUCCGUCAAGUACACAGUGAACUUCCUGGAGGCCAAAGAGGAGGAUCUGUACAGGAUAGAGAUCCCCUUUAAGUUCCACAUGAUGCACUCGGGCCUGGUGCACGGCCUGGCCUUCUGGUUUGACGUGGCCUUCAUGGGAUCAGUGAUGACAAUAUGGCUGUCCACCGCCCCCACGGAGCCCCUGACCCACUGGUACCAGGUCCGCUGUCUGCUGCAGUCCCCCCUCUUCACCAAGGCCGGGGACACGCUGUCCGGCACCGCCCUGCUGGUGGCCAACAAGAGACAGAGCUAUGACAUCAGUAUCGUUGCCCAGGUGGACCAGACGGGAUCAAAGUCCAGUAACCUCCUGGACUUGAAGAACCCCUUUUUCAGGUACACAGGCACUACCCCCAAUCCCCCUCCCGGCUCACACUACACCUCCCCGUCGGAGAACAUGUGGAACACAGGCGCUGCCUACAGCAUGAGUCAGGGGAUGGCUGUGUCAGGGAUGCCUGCAGCUUAUGACCUCAGUACAGUGAUCGGGAGUGGACCGCCUGUGUCUCACAACAACCUCAUCCCUCUGGUGAACACUGGGAUAGUAAACCACACCCACUCCCGGAUGGGCUCCAUCAUGAGUACAGGCAUCGUUCAGGGAGCCACUACAGGCCAGUCGGGGCCCAGCAGCAGUGGGACCUACUACCCCGUCACCAACCAGUUCACCAUGGGGGGGGCGGCCAUCUCCAUGGCCUCCCCCAUGGUCAUCCCCAGCAACACCAUGCAUUACGGCAGUUAGAACCCAGACCGCACAGAGACCUGUUUGACCUCACCCCCGCAUGACAAGAGAGCCCACCCCCGCCCUUCAACUGGACUGACCCCUCCAAACUGCAGCCAAACCCAGACCCCCCCCCCCCCCCAGCAGCUUCUUCUUGUCCUCCAGUAGAUGAACGGCUCCAGGCUCCUGUAUCCGUCCAGACUCUUGUCUUGCUUUUAACCCCCCAGGAUCAUGACUGCCCUCCACCUCCACCCUGAUGUGUAUCCUCGUCCCUCCACCCCCCGGCCCCCCAGUGUUAGUCCAGGGUGGGCCUGGACACUGCUUCAGUCCUCAGACUGGGGGAACUCUGGUUCUCUUGGUCUCAUGAUGAAUAAACCUUUAUUGGUGUUCCAGCAGCUCUGAACUGUCAGUGAGGUUUAGGGAGCCCCCGCCCCCCGCCCCCCCGCCCCCCCAGUCCUCUGGUGUGCCUGGUCCACCCUGACAGGAGAGGCUCUCUCGCUGUCCGUCUACAUAUCUGUUCUUUUGAUUUGAACCUUCCUAAAGCUUUAAAACCACGACGGUGGAACUGCUCAGCGAGCUUCAGCAUGUCUGCCUCCCCACAGCCUCGGCUCCGCCCACACCCCGACAGGAAACAGGAAGUAGUCCCCUCUCCUCACUGCUCCCGCAGACAGCAAACAGGAAGUGAUCCUUUUUCCCCGCCGGCGUCUCAAAUGGAAGCAUUGUACAUUUUCAUUUUAUGUGUUUUUAUGAACUGGAUUUUUAGAGUGACUCUCAUGGUUCGUCCAUCAAAAAGGCUCAUUUAGGUCCUGUUGGUCCCUCCCAGCCACCGUAGUACACACACACACACACUGUCACACACACACACACACACACACACACAGCAGACACAGUGGCACUUCUCUCCUCUGGGGGGCAGCAGGUUGAAGCACCAAUCGGCUGAGAACAUCCCAGGGUGGAGGAGGAAGAGAGUGUGUGUGUGUGUGUGUGUGUGUGUGUGUGUGUGUGUGCGCGCACACGAGAGAGAGUGAGUGAGAGUGUGUGUGUGUGUGUGCGAGU